AUGCUGCUAUUCCUGCACAGCCCUUUCGAGGCGCUGGCACCGAAGCUUGGCGCUUCUCCCGACGAACUCAAGCUUACUUUCUCGUUUCUUCUCUCGUAUCCGCUCGCGGGAAUCCUCAAGCGCCUGCCGGACUCGAAGCCGCUUCUAAAGAACCUCUUCAUCAUCGGCGUCUCUCUCUUCUACCUCAUUGGCCUCUUCGACCUCUGGGAUGGCAUCCUCACCCUCGCCAUCAGCGCCGGCGGCAGCUACGCCAUCGCAAAGUACCUGCGCGGCAGCCCCUACAUGCCCUGGAUCGGCUUCGUCUUCGUCAUGGGCCACAUGUCCGUCAGCCACAUCCAGCGCCAGAUCGAAAACAAUCCCUCCCGCGUCGACAUCACCGGCGCCCAGAUGGUGCUCGUCAUGAAGCUGUCCGCCUUUUGCUGGAACGUCGCCGACGGCCAGCUGCCCGCCGACCAGCUGUCCGAGCUGCAGCAGAACCGCGCCCUCAAGGACCUGCCGCCCCUCGUCGACUACGCCGCCUACGUCCUCUUCUUCCCGUCGCUCUUCGCCGGCCCGGCCUUUGACUAUGCCGAGUACCGCCGCUGGAUCGACACGUCCAUGUUCGACGUCCCCGCCCAGAUGGACCCUGCCAAGAAGCCUCCUGUCAGCGGCACCCCCGCCACCAAGAAGGCCAUCACGGGCCUCGUCUGGAUCGGCCUCUUCGUCGCCCUGUCCGGCAGGUUCAGCCACACCCACGUCACCGACCCGUCCUUUGUCGAGCGCUCGUUCCUCCAGCGCGUCUGGCUCAUCCACAUGGCCAGCCAGGUCACGCGCUUCAAGUUCUACGGCGUCUGGGCCCUGACCGAAGGCGCCUGCAUCCUGGCCGGCCUGGGCUACAACGGCGUCGACCCCGUCACCGGCAAGGUCUCGUGGAACCGCCUGCAGAACGUCGACCCCUGGAUGGUCGAGACGGCCCAGAACCCGCGCGCGUACCUGGCCGGGUGGAACAUGAACACCAACAACUGGCUGCGCAACUACAUCUACCUGCGUGUGACGCCCCGGGGAAAGAAGCCGGGCUUCCGCGCCAGCAUGACCACCUUUAUCACGAGCGCCUUUUGGCACGGCUUCUACCCGGGCUACUAUCUCAGCUUCAUGCUGGCCAGUCUGAUUCAGACUUCAGCCAAGAACUUCCGCCGACACGUUCGCCCCUUUUUCCUCGACCCGAUCACGGGCAACCCCACGCCCAAGAAGAAGUACUACGACUUUGCCACGUACCUCGUCACCCAGCUCACCUUUUCCUUCACGACGCUGCCCUUCCUCAUCCUGGCUUUCGGGGAGUCCUUCCGCGCCUGGUCCCACGUCUACUUUUACGCCUUCAUCUGGACCACGGCAUCGCUCGCCUUCUUCGCGUCCCCCGGUAAGACGCUGCUCAAGAAGAAGCUCGAGAGCCGCCAGGGUAGGGCCAGCGCGCGGCUCAAGCGGACGGCGAGCAGCGAGAGCCUCUCGGGCAAGGAGCCCAUCUUGGGCAUCUCCAAGGAUCCCGAGGGAGACAUUGCCGAGGCUGUCAAUGAGUUUAGGGCGGAGAUUGCUUCGAUGCAGAAGAGGAAGACGCGCUAA